AUUCUGAAAUAACACAUUCUAAUGUGGGCAUUUUAGUUUUUCAAAAAAAGAAAAAAAUAAUAAUAAUUGUACAAAUCAUUGAUUUCAAGUUGAUUACAGAACUUAGAGACUCAACAUGGAAAAAAAAUUGUAGUUAGAUAAAAAAAUUCAUACGAAAUUAGUUUGAAUAGAGUUAAAAGAAUACAAAAUUUAACAAUUUUUUCGAAAUAAUAGGAAAAGAUUUCAAUAAAAUAUCAAAUCAGAUAUCAAAUGAAAACCUUUGAGUAAUAAAUUCUAAAAAUAUUUUCUAUGUACAUCUAAUAAAUGUUUUACGAUAUGUGGGGCUAUAUUGAUAGCAAUAUAGUUUCUUACACCUUUUGCAUCAAAUUCGUAAGUGUAAAUUUUUGAGAUUGACAAAAAAUCCGUGAAAUUUAGAUUUAAAACGGCAAAUUUUACGCUAUCAAAGUUGUAUCACUGGUUUAUUUCCACAAGUAUCAAAAGACAAAACAGUUGGAAGUGUUAGAGAAAGUAUUUAUUGUGCUGCUUCAAUCUGGAGUUUAUAUCAAGCGUAUAGGCGUAUUGAUGAUGACAGAGGGAAAUCUCAUGAUCUCGGCCAAUCUGCAGUUAAGUGUAUGAGAGGUAUUUUGGAAUGUUGGAUAAGACAAUCUGAUCAUAUCGAAAUGUUUAAAUUAAAUCAAUGCAAUCGUCAUGCUUUACAUUGCAAAUUUCAUUUAGAUACUGGAAAUGAAAUUUUUAAUGAUGAAGAUUAUUUUCAUUUACAAAUUGAUGUUGUUUCUCUGUAUUUAAUAUUUUUAGUACAAAUGAUAUCAUCCGGUUUACAAAUAAUUUAUACUCAAGAUGAGGUAGCAUUUGUACAAAAUCUUGUAUAUUAUGUAGAAAGAGCAUAUAGAACACCAGAUUAUGGAAUGUGGGAAAGAGGAAGUCGUUAUAAUGAUGGAACUCCUGAAAUACACGCUAGCUCUAUUGGAAUGGCUAAAAGUGCUUUGGAAGCAAUUAAUGGAUGCAAUUUGUUUGGUGAAAAAGGUGCUUCGUGGUCAGUUGUAUACGUUGAUAUUGAUGCGCAUAAUCGUAACAGAAGUAUUUUUGAAACAAUGCUUCCAAGAGAAUCUACUUCAAAAAGUGUGGAUGCAGCAUUAUUGUCCACUAUUUCAUUUCCAGCUUUUGCUACACAUGAAGAGUUUUUAUAUAACGAAACAAAAAACAAUAUAACGAGAAAAUUAAAAGGCUCUUAUGGUUUUAAGCGAUUUAGUCGUGAUGGUUAUAAAACAGUAAUUGAAGAUAGUAAACGUCGGUUUUAUAAAUCCGGUGAAAUAAAGGAUUUUGAUAAAAUAGAAUGUGAAUGGCCAUUAUUUUAUAUAUUUAUGAUAAUUGAUGGAGUCUUUAAAUCAGUGCCUGAGCAAGUUGAAGAAUACUGUAAUUUAUUGAAAGGACUAAUUCAUAAAGAUGCACUCGGUGAUCCUGUAAUUCCAAUGUACUACUAUGUACCUGAAAAAAGUAUCGAAAUAGAAAGACAAGAUCCAGGAAGUACAUAUCGUGUAUCAAGUGUAGAAGGGAGUGGUAUUAAAUCAUCUAACGAUGAAGAAGAAGGAAAUUUAUAUUUAUGGAAUCAAGCUAUGUUCGUUAUUGCCCAAUUACUUACAUCUGGACUAUUACAUAUUAAUGAAUUGGAUCCAAUCCGCCGUUAUCUUCCGUCGUAUAAUAGACCUCGUCGUGCUGGCAGAUAUUCUGCUUUUCAAGCAAAACCUACGAUUGGCACCCAUACAGAUUUGGUGGUACAAAUAGUUUUAAUUGCUGAAUCAAUGAGACUUCAAGCUAUGAUGGCUACGUAUGGAAUACAAACUCAAACACCCCAUGAAGUUGAACCAGUACAAAUUUUAUCAUCAUUACAGUUAAUAAAGGUCUAUCAAAAACUUGGCAUAAAUAAAAAAUUAAAUAUUCAAGGUAGACCUGCAAGACCUAUUGGAUCUUUAGGAACAAGCAAAGUAUAUCGAGUUUGUGGAAUGACUGUAUUAUGUUAUCCAUUAAUAUUUGAAGUAUCACAAUUUUAUUUGUAUCGCGAUAUGGCUUUACUGAUAGACGACAUUAAAACAGAACUUCAAUUCGUUGGAAAGUAUUGGAGACUUUCAGGACGUCCAACAGUUUGUUUGUUGAUUCGUGAAGAACAUAUGAGAGAUCCCCAAUUCAAAGAAAUGCUUGAUCUUUUUGCAAUGCUAAAAAAGGGGUAUUGUGAUAAUACUAAAGUAAGAAUCGGUCGUUUGCAAAAUCUUAUCUCAUCAUCGUGUAUAGAACAUUUGGAUUUUGUGAAUUCAAUGGAAAGUGAUAUGGAACUUACUCAGUUUAAACAAUUGAAGCAUGAUUAUAUUGGAUAUCAAAGUCUUACUGAUGUUCCAAGAACUCUUUCACAUUCUGCAGAAACACAAGAUUAUACAAUGUUAUCUAAAGAGCCUACUCAUGUUAUACUCGAUGAAAUACGAAAUGCUGAUGGUCUAUAUGCAAAAUGUCAACUUUAUGGAAUAAUAUUAAAGAGAGAGGGUCUUAAUUACAAGGUUAAUGAUAUGACAGUCGAGGAUCAUUUAAAAGCAUUAUAUCAACAGGCUGGUAGUUUGAGAUAUUGGAUGGCAGUGCGUUAUUGUAGUAGUUUAUUGAAUCACACAGUCGAUAGUAUAAGUCCUUUCAUUACCGGAGUUCUCGUUAAAGGAAAACAGAUAACUGUCGGAGUAAUUGGAAAAGAAGAAACUGUUUUUGAUAAGCCUAUGACACCCGCUGAAAUACAAUCUGUAAUGUACUCAACAAUUCAACCCUACAAUAUUAUACAAGCAGUCGUGCAACAAGAAGUAUUAUUAUAUUGCGGACGAUUGAUUGGUACAAAUCCUGCUAUGUUUAAAGGAAUACUUAAAAUUCGUAUAGGAUGGGUUUUAGAAGCUAUGCGACUUUAUCUUGAAGUAUCUGAAAAAAAAUCAAAAGUUAUUGAAAAUUAUAGCCCAUAUGAAAUUCGACAAAUUUUAAUAAAAGUAUUGACUGUUAGAGACUGGGCUACUGCUGAGAAUUUAACAGUAAUUAUGCGAAGAAAAAUUGAAGGAAGCCUAUGCAGAGUUCCAGCUCAUUUUUACAAUCAAGUAUGGGAAGUUUUGAUUCGAUGUCCAGGCGGUAUUAGAGUUAAUGGACAAGAAUUACCGCAGCAACCAACUUUAUCUAUUAUGACACGUUCAGAGUUGACAUUUGCUCUGCUUGUUGAAUCGAUUCUCCAUCAUAUACAAUUGCCUGAGUACCGGCAAAUUGUUGUUGAGUUAUUGAAUAUUGUAUCAAUUAUAUUGUUACGAAAUCCAGAGCUGAGUUUUAGUCAAAAAUUAGAUUUAAAUAAAUUAAUUGAAGAUGCAUUCAUUAUGUAUUGCAAAGAUCAUGAAUUAGAACAAACUGAUAUGACGUCAUUUUUUGCUGCUCAUUAUUCAGUUACUACUGGAUAUCUGGCUAGAGCGGUUGUAAAUAAUGUUUUGACAGGAGGUUGUAUGACAACUACAAUUGAUCCAUCAAAUCUCCCAGAUGAGCCCCAGGAAAUGUGCAAUGUUACAUAAUUUUUAUAAAUUAAAAAUUUAUUAUAUUUUGUA